AUGCAUCGACUUUUUGCUGAGCUGGAGCCAUCUGUAACCGUCACCAAGCAUAACCUGGCAGACCGAGUUCGGUAUAUCUUGCGCUCAAAUACUCGUAUAUUUGAUGGCACCGAACUCGAACGGCUACGACGUGAGGCUGUUCCCUCAUCGAGUGUAAGUACUACGGCUGAGGUUGCGGUGCCACAAGUUGCAGAACAACUCGCACACGUGGAUGCUGCCGUAAAUACCCCAGUGGUGGCUGAUUCAAAUGAUGAUGGAAUAGUCGCCCAGGAACUAGAAAUAGAGCAAAUGAGGAUUACAUUGGCAGAGGCGAUUGUGGAAACGCGCAGUAUGCCUCUCAAAAAUCGACCGCGACUUCCCUGCAUAGCUCUAAGCAAGCGGAAUCGGUAA